AUGGUGGGGAGAAGACGAAAUGGCGCCGGCAGAGCCUCCUCCACUGCUGCAGCUGGGAGGCCGAGCGCCCCUGAUAUCUACCAUGAGAUGCUUACAGAGGCCGGCGUCUCUUCACGCCAACAACCCAUCGCCGAACGGCCGUUAAAGCGGAGGCGCGUCGGUCGCAAUACCGAUCCAGUAGAGGAUGGGCCAUCAUCGGCGGCCCCUGCCACAGUUGUGGACAGGACGGAGCAGAACCGUGAGGCCGCCCAGGAUGAUCCAGUCCCCGCGCCAACCGUGCAAACCAUGGAAAGAGACUCAGACGAAAGUGAAGACGAGGAUGUUGAAUUCGAGGACGUCGAUUUUGAAGCUUGGCUGAACGCCGGGACCGGUGAAGGGCCAUCCGAAGCAGCAGGGGAGCCGGCAGAGGAGCCGGCGGAGCUCGAGCUUAACCUGACGGCGCAAAGGUCGGAAAUGACACCGAAGAAGAAAUCUGUUGCUCGCGCGAAGCCCCUCUCAAGGGAGGAGAAGGAGCGCCGCACUCAGGUGCAUCAGAUGCACCUGCUUUGUCUCCUGUCGCACGUUGCGAAGCGAAACCAUUGGUGCAACGAUCCCAAAGUGCAGGAUUCAUUAAGAUCGCUUCUCCCAAAGAAGACAGUCACAUACCUGAACCCUGGAUCCGACCUAUCACAGUUUGGUUGGACUAACAGCCUGAAAACCGGACUUCAGCAGGUAGCGGAGAUAUGGAACACCAAAUUCGAGAUCACGGAAAGAGGGCUGAGGCGAUCGCUCUGGGCUGAAAACCCGGAGCAGCUUCAGGAUUAUGAGGCACCGGACGAUAUGGAAUCGUGUCUUGACCGCGAGGAUUUCCGUCAUUCUGCUAAGAGAUUAGAGGGAUCCCGAGAUGUCGGGGCGCAGCUAUAUUGCGCGCUUUUGAGAGCCGCCGGCGUCCGCGCUCGUCUGGUGUGUUCGCUACAGCCCCUCGCCUGUGUGUCGGGGGCGCCGGUCCUCGCAAAGCCCAAGGAAUCGAAACAGAAAGCCUCCAAAGCAUCGAGGGCGGAGCAGGUUCGGGCCUCGAUGGCCCAAUAUGAGGAGAGGUCGAAUGCUGCCAGGGCGUCCCUGGCUGAAGGUCUGGGUGGCUCUACCGCUCUCCGAAGGCUGGGCCAUCCCGGCGCAACCGCCUACAAUUUCAAACCAACUGCGGCACCGCCCCCGAAGGCAAAGGCUGGGCGUGGCUUCAGUGCGCCGAAGCGCAUCCGUGAGUCUCCGCAGCCGGUGUAUUGGGUGGAGGUGCUAGACGUAGGGCACCAGAAAUGGCAGCCAGCGGAUCCCGUCGUCACGAACACAUUCUGGAAACCCAAAGUUUUCGAACCAGCCAUGACAGACAAAGAAAACCUCAUGUCGUAUGUCAUUGCGUUCGAAGCUGAUGGCUCAGCCAAAGAUGUUACGAGAAGAUAUACCAAGGCAUAUACGUCCAAGACCAGACGAUGGAGAGUUGAGAACGCUUCGGAAGGGGGUGAACGUUGGUGGCACAAGGUGAUGAAAUCCUAUCAGAAGAUAGUACCCGAUGUGCUCGACCAGAUCGAAGACAACGAGCUUGUGGGGGUAGAGGCCCGGGAACCGAUGCCGCGAAAUGUCCAAGAUUUCAAAGAUCAUCCUAUCUACGCCCUUGAGAGACACCUCCGCCGACAUGAGGUAUUGAUCCGAGAUGCGAAGCCUUCCGGCACGAUUAGUGCGGGGAAGGGGAUGCCCUUGGAGAAAAUCUACCGAAGGAGAGAUGUCAAGAUUGCGAGGACCGUUGACAAAUGGUAUCGAAUGGGACGAGAGGUACUGCCGAAUGAGAUACCCGCAAAAUGGGUCCCGAAAAGAACCCAGCCCAAGAAGUCUAGAUAUGACGACGACAGGGAAGAUGAGCGUGAGAAAGAUGACGCCGGGAUGCCGAUAUAUACAAUAGACCAGACGGAGCAAUAUGAGGCUCCCCCAGUGAGGGAUGGGAAAGUACCUAAGAACAAGUUUGGCAACAUCGACCUCUACGUCCCGAGUAUGGUACCAAGGGGAGGUGUCCAUAUCGAACACGAACAGGCCUCCCGAGCGGCUUAUGUGCUGGGAGUGGAUUACGCCCCGGCGUUGACUGGCUUCUCAUUCAAAGGGCGCCAAGGAUCAGCGGUGCUCAACGGCAUCGUAGUUGCGAAAGAAUACGAAGAGGCUGUACGAGAAGCCAUCGAAGGUUUAGGAAAUAUGGAGCAAGAGGCGGAGAUAGAGAAACGACGGCAAAUAGUACUACGGGUAUGGAGGAAAUUUAUCAUGGGCUUGCGAAUCAGGGAGCGCGUUUGGGCAGGGGUGGACGAGGAGGAGCGGAUGGAAGCUGAGCGUGAGGCUGAGCGUGAAGCCGGCUUGGACGCAGAGAUUGAGGAUGCGCCGAGUGAUGUGACUGAGGAGUUUGAUAUGGUAACUGGAGAUGAUGAUUACAAUGAUGAAGACUACGGUGGUGGUGGAUUCCUCGUUGACUGA